AUCCCGCACAACACACAUACUUCAUAUUUCAUGCUGGAGACCUCGUUCGCAUACAGAACCCUGUUGUGAAGAGCGUCCAUAACUAAUUCCCAUAAUGGAUCUCAUCUGGAGUUAUCCAUGGCGCACUUCGGCACUGUGACGCUUGUUUAAUAAAACAACGGGAAGUUUGGCGACAUGCGGCUCUUUGGGAUUCUGCUGCUGUCUCUGUGUUUCUGGACGUCGCAGUCAGUGUUUAAAAUACCUCUGAAGAUAUUUGCGGGGAAGUUUAACGCGUCCGUGCAGUUGGACCUCAGGCCUUUGACGCAGAAUGAAGACGCAGCUGACAGAGGACUCUCUCUGGCGUCCGAUCCCGCCGGGACUGUCAACUUUCUGGACAUGAUCAACAAUUUAAAGGGAGACUCCGGUAGGGGAUAUUAUAUGGAGAUGGUCAUAGGAACUCCUGGGCAGACGCUCAACGUCCUUGUCGAUACUGGAAGCAGCAACUUCGCUGUAGCUGCAGCAGCACAUCCCUACAUAACACACUACUUCAACAGAGCGCUUUCCAAUACAUAUAAAAGCGCUGAGAGGACCGUUGCGGUUAAAUACACGCAGGGAGAAUGGGAAGGUGAACUUGGAAGUGACCACAUCACUAUUCCUCAAGGACCCAGUGGCACCAUCAUCAUCAACAUAGCUGCCAUCCUCGUCUCAGAAGGCUUCUUCCUGCCUGAGAUCAACUGGCAGGGAAUUUUGGGCCUUGCGUAUCCUCUUCUGGCUCGACCCGAUCCCUCAGUAGAGCCCUUCUUCAACUCUGUUGUGCGGCAGACGGGCAUUCCAGAUGUCUUCUCUCUCCAGAUGUGUGGAGCAGGAGUCUCUGCCAGCACUACAGCUGACCCAGCGGGCGGCAGCCUGAUCAUGGGAGGGGUGGAGCCAACCUUAUACCGGGGUUCUGUUUGGUACACCCCGAUCCUAGAAGAGUGGUAUUACCAAGUGGAAGUGUUGAAGCUUGAAGUUGGAGACCAAAAUUUAAAUCUAGACUGCAAAGAGUACAACUCGGAUAAAGCCAUAGUGGAUAGUGGGACGACACUACUUCGACUGCCUGGAAAUGUGUUUAAUGCCGUGGUGGAGGCCAUUAUGGAAACAUCAUUGAUUCAAGGCUUCUCGGCUGGAUUCUUUGGUGGCACCAAGUUGGCAUGUUGGGUGAGAGGAGAAUCACCAUGGAGGUUUUUUCCUAAAAUCUCAAUCUACCUCAGAGCAACAAACGCCAGCGAGUCUUUUCGCAUCACCAUUCUCCCACAGCUGUACGUGCAGCCUGUCACAGAUAUUGAUGGUACGUUGGACUGUUUUCGUUUUGGAAUCUCCCCUUCGGCCAACGGAUUAGUCAUUGGAGCUACAGUGAUGGAGGGCUUCUAUGUCAUCUUUGACCGUGUCAAAAAGAGGGUGGGCUUCGCUGUUAGCACCUGUGCAGAAAACAGUGAUGAACCAAUGGCGGAGAUCGCCGGGCCUUUCCUAGCUGAGGGUGUGGCGUCAGACUGUACGGCCGGCGUGUCUCUCAGAGAGCCUUUGAUGUGGGUGAUCGUGUACGCUCUGAUGGCCGUAUGUGCCCUGGUGCUGAUCAUACUCCUCAUUCUGCUAAUACUACCCUGUCGACGCCACAGAGACGGCGAGAUCACGGAUGAGUCUUCACUGGUGCGCCAUCGCAUCAAAUGACGUCAGGGCUCCGAAGAGACCUCAGAACAAGUCACAGGGGUGAAUAUAUUGCCCUGAACCCUGGAUGAGAUCUCUAGAUCACAUGCGCCUGUUUAGCGGGAUAUGCUGGGAUUUGGACAUCUGUGGACACGUUUUCUGUACGAUUAAAACUUUUUUGACGUUUUCGGACGAGAAGAAAAUUGUAGAAGGUUGAACAAAUCAGGUUUAUACUUUUGACGUUUUUAGUUUGAUGUAUAUUUGUCGAGAAAGUUAGGGUGCAUUCUGAUCUGUUUCGUUAAAUUAUUCUGCUCCUCUUAAUAGUCUCAAAUAUGAGUCUGUUAAUAAAACUACUGAAACUCGACUGAAGGUUUGGUCUCUCUGGUGCAAUGGCCCCAAAAAGUAUUUAGUCACUUUAAGGAGUAGUUCACUCCAAAGUUUUCCCCCAUUAACUUCCCCGAGUCAUUUUUAUUCCUACAAUGGAAAGUCAAACAUAUCUAACAUAUUUCAGUGGGGCAGAUAUAUAAUCAAAGUUCAUUGCAUGCAUCAUUUUACAUUUCUUUCUGUGAUUAAAUUGACAGAUCAAUAUUUAAUAGAGAACACAAGUAUAAGCAUUUAGUAAGUAUUUUAUUUUGAAUCAUUCGAUUUGUUGUUGGAUAUUUGUAAAGGGGGCAAUGCCCCCCAGACCCGGCCCUGCUGGAAACUGACUUCGCCCUCUUAUAUUUAUGUAUUUUGCCAGAAGUCACCUCAUGUAAGAGGUCAGCCACACGCCACUGAACAACCGCUAUAGUUUAUCAUAUUAACGUUGGACAUGUUUAGUGCCCGUUUUCAUAGACAAGGCUUAAGGCUAGUCCCAGACUAAAAAGAGUGACCUGUCUAAACUGAAUGUAACGCCCAGAAAUAUCUUAAAAUAUAUCAGUGCAUUGCUUUGUCUCAAGAUGCUCACCUGUAAUGUAUUCUUCUACAGCGUUUUUAGAAAAGCGACAUAAAUAUCUUAAUUCAACCGAGGGAUAGUCCUGGCUUAAGCUAAGCCUUGUCUGUGGAAACCGGGCCUACGACUUAAUAUUGAACAAUUGUGUAUCAAUUGUUUUAUCAAACUUAAUUUGGUGAACUGUUUCGUUUGAGAAGUGUGCCUUAAAAUAAAUGCCAGUUGGUUUGAUAUGUUGUUUGUGUAUUAUGAUACACACUUGUCCUAAUACCGCCAAAGUUCAAUUUGAAAAUUAUUUAAAUUAAUGCAUUUAUUUUAUUCUGUCCAUUUACAUACAAAUGAUAAUAUUAAUAAAAGCGUAUUAAAGCAUCUCGGUGACAUCCAUCUUGCUUUAACAUUAGUUGCUUGAACUUUUUUCACAUUAUUAAAAGAAACUAAUACAGAGCCAUUACAUUGUUUAUUGUCACAUACUGUAUGCUUUAUCCUGUUUGUAUAACACUUUUGAAAAUAAAAAAAGGCUUUACAAACAACCGAUUUCACAAACAAUCAAAAGCUUACAAGAAAUUUUAAAGAUAUUUUGUUUUUAAACUGAUUAUUGACAGAUAAUAAAGAAUUGAGAAUGAUAA